CUCCCCGGAUAAUCCCGUUGCUCGAACUAAUUCCUAACAAAUUAGUAAUUAACUAAUCGUUUGUAUGGUGCUGUAUUGAUAAUAAUAUUUUGAAGAAGUCCGUAAAAAACCGUAAAAACUGCAUGUGCAUAGAGUGUGCUAAGUUAAUAUUUUUUUUGUUGGUAAAAUGAACUAAGCCUUUGAGCCACGACUCUCCGCCAUGUCCCAGACGGAUUCAGACGACGUGCGCAGCACCGCUCAGCUGCUGAUCACGAAUGCCCGGCAUGGUGCUAAUCCACACAUGCACAUGCCAUACAGUAUGUCGCAACCGCAUUCCAUAAAUUGGCUUACUGAGGAGUUUCUCGGUGGCUAUGCGCAGGAUGGGCGCAUGUCGGUGGUGCGACGGUUCUUCUGUCUGUUUGUCACAUUCGAUUUGGUGUUUGUAUCGCUGCUUUGGCUCAUUUGCAUAGUUAUCGGUGGCGACAAUAUAUUCCAGGCCUUCCAGAAACAAAUCAUGCAUUAUACCAUUUAUACAUCACUCUUUGAUAUUGUUGCCACGGCAAUUUGCCGUUUUAUAAUUUUAAUCUUCUUUUAUGCCAUGCUGUAUAUAAAUCACUGGUCCAUUAUUGCGCUGUCUACAAGUGGAUCAUGUUUGUUUCUCAUCACCAAAGUGUUUUUCUAUGACUGGGUUCACUCCAAGCAGCAAGUAUUCGAUGUUAUAAUCAUCCUAAUGUCAUUUAUACUGGCCUGGGGCGAGGCUUGGUUCUUAGACUGCCGGGUUAUACCCCAGGAGCGACAUGCGCGUCGUUAUUUCUUAGCGGCAAACACAAAUGAUCGCACAACAUUGACACAGCCAACGAUCUUGUCUGAACGUGAACGUCCACCCCAAAGCGUUACAGAUUUCUAUUCACCCUUGGACACGGCACAUCAGUCGGAUGAGGAGGGUGAAGAGGACGAGGAGUACAACCAAAUGGGCUUGGAUUGCCUGCUCAAAGCAUAUGAGCUCAUUGAGUCAACUGACUGGAAGAUGGAGAAGGUAACACCCAAGGGCGACACAAUACACAGUACACAGAGGGAUAAAACCGGCAAGAUUUACAAAUUGACGGGGCGUCUUAAAUAUCCCGCCAAGGCACUAAUGGAGGAGCUGUUUUAUCGCAUCGAGGAUGCGCCCAAGUGGACUCCAACGCUCUUGGAGUCGAAAAUAGUGCGCAAAAUCAACUCCUACACUGAUAUAACCUACCAAGUUUCCGUUGGUGGUGGUGGUGGUAUGGUGAAAAGUCGCGAUUUUGUCAAUUUGCGUUCGUGCCGUUUAAUUUAUAAUGGCAAAAUCUGUGAUGAAGAUGAAGCUGCCAAGUUGAGCAGCGAUGAUGAAGACGAUAAUUCUCUAAACCGAUCGUGUGAGGGCAGUGUGACGACAUUGUCGGACAAUGAAUCGCAGACACCAAAAGCCGGCAGUUACUUUCUCGGUCACUCUUCGUUGCCUCCAGCGGAUGGUGCAUCAGCAACCGCUCCAACGACACCUUACGACACACUAAGCAAAAGUCUGGGCGCCAAGGGUUUGGGCGCUGCAUUAUCUUUUAAUGUUGAGCCACCGCCAUUGGAUGAUGCGUUCGAGGAUGCCAAGGAUAACAUUGAUGAUGCGCAGCGGACCUCAGAGAAAAGUACACAGCAUUUGCCAGAAGGUUCGGUUGGAAAGACUAACAAUAAAGUGUGGAUGAGUGCUGCGAUUAGUGUGGAAUAUGGAGCCGUUCCAAUCACCACAAAAUAUACAAGAGGAGAGAAUAUUGUCUCGGGAUUUGCGUUUCGAGAGAUUAUUGGCAAGUCUGAUUGCUGUAUACUGGAGUGGGUGCUAUGUCUCGAUCUGAAGGGCUAUAUACCGCGCUACGUAUUGGAUGCUGCACUCACCUCGACCAUGGUCGAUUAUAUGAAAUACCUGCGUAAGCAUAUAAAUGAGCUGCGAAAGCGUCGUCGGCGUUGAUUCUGCAUCUCUUUUGUACAAAGUACGAUAAUUACAUCGUAUAUAUGAAGCUCAUCCAGCAUAUUUAAACUGUAUUCAAUUAAACGUAAAGCUAAUUUAA